AUGCCAGAAAGCAGAUCCAUGGAAUGGAAUGGAAGCUACUCUUCUGUGACCAUGUUUGUUCUCCUGGGGCUCACUGAUAAAAAAGAGCUUCAGUUCAUGCUCUUUCCAGUAUUCCUAGGAACCUACCUUGUGACCCUUAUCUGGAAUCUGGGCCUCAUUCUCCUAAUUAGGAUGGAUUCCCACCUGAAAACACCCAUGUACUUUUUCCUCAGUUUCCUCUCAUUUAUUGACAUCUGCUUUUCUUCUUCCAUCAGCCCAAGAAUGCUUUCUGAUUUCCUAAAAGAGGAAAAAACCAUUUCCUUAUUUUCCUGUGUCACUCAGUAUUUUUUUGUGACCUGGAUGGGUCUGACUGAGUGUUGUCUGUUGGCUGCUAUGGCCUAUGAUAGAUAUGUAGCCAUUGGUCGCCCUCUGCAGUACACAACCAUCAUGGCUCCUGGCCUCUGUGGGAAGAUGGUAGCUGGGGCCUAUGUGAGUGGAUUCUUCAGUAGUUUAUCUCAAGCACUGUCUUGCCUCCAUCUUUCUUUUUGUGGGCCAAAUGUCAUUCAACAUUUCUUCUGUGACUUGCCUCAGAUUGUCUCUUUGUCUUGCUCUAAGCCCUUCAUCAGUCAAAUAGCUCUCAUUCUGGUAGCUGUUAUUAUUGGGUUUGGUUCUUUGUUUAUUAUCCUAUUAUCCUAUGGUUUCAUUGUAGCUUCUGUCUUGAAAAUAGCAUCAGGCAAAGGUAGCGUCAAAGCCUUCAAUACCUGUGCCUCCCACCUGGCAGCAGUGACGCUCUACUAUGGCACAGUCCUCUCUGUGUACUUGUGCCCCAAGUCUAGUCAAUCCAUGAAGCAGGACAAAGUUGUGUCUGUGUUCUAUGUCAUCAUCAUCCCCAUGAUAAACCCUCUGAUCUACAGUCUGAGGAACAAAGAAAUCAAAGCAGCCCUCAAGAGGCUUAGCAAGAGGACAGCAGACUGA